GAGGUAGAGGCAAGUGUGAUGCGGUCGUUCCGUUUGUCUAUAAGAAGGAGGGAGGUACGGCUUGAUUUGCUAUUUCUUCUACCUCACCUCAUCAGACUUCUUUGACUCUAUCUCCUCUCUUCACUUUUCGACUUCAUAUAGCAGAGGGAUUACGUACAGCACUCAAGACACAACGACCAUGGCCUCCGAACUUCCCAAGACGAUGAAGGCCGCCGUGCUGACCGGCGUCGGCAAGCCAUUGGAGAUCCAGGACAUUCCUCUUCCCGAGAUGGGAGCCGGCGAGAUCCUCAUCAAAGUCCACGCUUGUGGUGUCUGCCACAGUGACUCCAACGUCGCAGCCGGCGACUUCGGCCCUCCAGCAAUCUCCAUUCUCGGCCACGAAUUCAUCGGCACCGUUGUAGCCGUCCCAUCCACCGAAAAGAAAUGGGCUGUCGGUGACCGCGUCGGCGGGCCCUGGCACGGCGGCCACGAUGGCACCUGCCGCUCCUGCUCCCGUGGUCAAUUCCAAAUGUGCGACAACAAGACCGUCAACGGUGUCUUUCGCAAUGGCGGGUAUGGCGAGUACGCCACUCUGAGGACAGAGAGUGCGGUCAGGAUCCCGAAGGAGAUGGAUCCGGCGGAGACGGCGCCGUUGUUGUGUGCGGGCGUGACGGUUUUCAAUGGGAUUCGGAAGAUGGGAAUUAUUGGAGGGGAGACGGUUGCUAUUCAGGGGUUGGGUGGUCUUGGGCAUCUCGCCAUUCAAUACGCCCGCAAAAUGGGUUUCCGCACCGUCGCCCUCUCCCGCGGAACGGACAAAAAAGACUUCGCCAUGCAACUCGGCGCAACAGACUAUAUCGACACCUCCUCGCAAAAUGUCGCCGAAGCGCUGCAAGCCCUCGGCGGCGCGGCUCUCAUCGUCGUCACAGCUCCCAACCCAGAGGUCAUCAGUCCGCUCAUCGGCGGCCUGCAACCCGGUGGGAAGCUGCUAUUACACACAGCAAUAGGGCCUGUGCCGGUAGAUACAGUGGCCAUGGUGCUGAAUGCAUUGAGCGUGCAUGGCUGGCCGAGCGGACAUGCGCUGGACUCGGAGGAGGCGAUUGCGUUUGCGAAGAUCCAUGGCGUCAAGUGUUUAGUGGAGAAGUUUCCGUUGGAGAAGGCGAAUGAUGCGAUGGAGCAUAUGCUGAGCGGGAAGGCGAGGUUUAGGGCUGUUUUGACGAUGGAUUAG